AUGAAUACCAUGGACAACCGCCCACAGGCUUUUAAUAGUCAACGGCGCGAGCAGCGCCACACUGACGAUGGAUCGACGAACACGUUCCUACCCACUUCCUCAGGCAACUUCUUAUUAGCAGAUGCUCAUGGCCAAUUUACCUUUUCUGCAGAACCGACUUCCAUGGUCGACUAUAGCUCUAUGACCGGACCCACUGGCCAGGAAACUGUCUUCACUCCAAAUACUGGAUCGUCUUUCGACUCUUCCUUGCACCCUGAUGUUAUCAGCCAGACGUACCCUCCUGCCAACGUGUAUAUGCAGGCGAACAACUACAGUCUUUCUCCACAUAGUCGGAACGGUCACAGCAUUUCACCCUCCCACUCUGUGGACCAUCUCAGCCCUGAGGCUGGGUACAUGAGCGACCCAAGCUAUCACGACCUGAGCAACUAUGCGACUCCCUCGUUCAACGGCCAAUUUCUUGACGAGUCUUUCCAGCAACUGAACUUCGCGGACCACGUCGCACCUCAAGCAUUCCCUCCAUACCAAGGCGAAGUGGACAUGAACAUGUUGGCCAGUAAUACCCUGGCUACAUACAAUGCUCAGGCGCCUACUAUUCCAAGCAACGCACGGUUAGAAUCUCAUUCCCAACUUUUGUCGCCCUGUCCAACCAACAAUUCUAGUCCUGUUGUAACAGACGAGACGUCGAGGAACGCAAACUUUCCUAACGUCCAUUAUACGGGCCUCGAAUACAAUACCUCAUCCACCCCGCCUAGUCGGACUGCACCACUCCAGCACUCGACUCCAAUCAAACAGCAGCAGCAGCAGCAACAACAAAGUCCAGCCCUGACGAACAGCCCCAGCAACAUGUCUCUUGCCAAUCCUCAGCCCCGUGCAACCCACCUGACAAGCCCUAUCGUUCGAGUAGAGAAUUAUGGCGGACGAGACUCGCCUUCCCAUUCCGAUGUUAGCAGACCCAUGAGCAAGCGCAGUCAUGGUAGUCGCCGCUCGGGUAACCAUCUCUCCCCUUUCCCCAACGACGAAUCCUCGGAUGAUGGUGAUGAUGAUGACAUGCAACAACAAGUGCGAGUCCAGCCUGUUGUUCGGAGUGCCCAGCGCAACGAAGAUGGAUCAUGGAUGAUCAGUCCGGCGUCCGGUCAGGGGGGACUCACGCCAGACGAUCGUGACGCGAUGGGCGAUGCAUGGGUUCCCAGUCUCGACGAGAUUGCUGAUAAAAGGAAGCAAGAGGAGAAGAAGCUUGAUGUCCAUGAUUGGCUUUCCAAAAGUGAGGUGGGCAGUGAGACGGGAGACGCAGCUCCUUCAACAAAUCUGCUGAAACCAUUCACCACUCGACGAAGGGCAAAGAGCACAAAUGAUGCUCAUGGCCGACAAGUCGUCGGGCCCGGCUAUGGACUUGGUGUGCGUACUGAUUUCGAUCGGAUCGACGACUCAGGUGUUCCCGGUCCGGGACUUUACAUAGACGAACGCAGCGAAAAUGAUGAUGAAAGCGACGAUGGCGACGAAGUACCCGAAUCACCGCCAGCCGAAGUCAGUGUUGUUGCUAGUCAGGCUGAUAAUGAGGUGUCGUACUUCCCUCCUCUCCAGCAUGGUGGCUUGGUAGGUACUAUUGUCCGCCCAUGGGUCGAUGUGCCUUCACAACCACCAACAUCAACAACACGCUACCAACCUCCCACUUCGAGCGCCGCAAUGAUGCGAUUCCGUAUCCGAGCUAAGGACGUGGAGUCGGCAUCGCUCGCGGCUACCGUUGGGUCACGGCGUCUCAGCGAGUCUGACUUGGGCAGUAUUAGAGCCGCCCCAGGUGUCGUUAAGGUCAUCGAACCGGAUCUCAAGAAGCAAAAGGACAGACAAAGACGCCCUAGCUUUUUAGAGAACAUUCUCCCUACGCGUAAACCUACCAACCUCCUGAAGCGUAAAGGCAGCAUUCCCGUACAGCCACCGUCUCAAGAAAAUAUAAUUGAGAAGCCUAAAGAGCCUGUGAUGGAAAAGCCAAAGCGGAUGGGGAGUUGGGGCCGGCCGAAAUCACCACGGUUGGAUACGACCGUUGCAAUCCAAGGGCGGGACGUCGGACCUCCAAGUUCUACAGGACUGACGCCAAACACCGGAACUUGGUAUCAGGGCGCCAGAAACGCAAUUAGGCGGAGUAGAAGCCGAAGCGAUAUAGGCAAAUCCCCAGGUCUAGCUGAGCUUAUGACUCAACACGGCGGUCCGCCGAUGCCGAUGCUUGCUUCACCACUAGCAGAGACAGAAGCCACCAAGCCAUCAGCACAGCCAAGUCCGACCGGGGAUGACGAUGAGGACGACAUUCAAGAUGCAAUCACCAUGAACCUUGAGGUUCGUUCCGACCCUAUCAUACCAACACCCGAGGGUUUCAAGACGCACGCUAGACAGCUCAACCCGCGAUUGACGGAUUACAUGGUUGAACGCAUCACGCAAGAACAAGUCAGACGAUAUAAGCGCUUACUUGAGUUUAAGGUGAAGCAUCGAAUUGCGGUUGAAAGUGGGAAAUGCUUGUCUAACGGCUCUUCUCACAAGUUCUGCACUGAACUUGGUGGAGAUUCUAAACAACUGACUCCUAAGGCGGGAAACAAGGAUGGCGAAGCGCCAUUCCUUGGAUUCCAAAUUACGGCACCCGGGUCUGAUGACGAUGACGGCGAAGCUCCGGCGGAGGGAACGCUCGCCGCUGCUGGAUUCCCCUCUGGUGUUCCCCUGCCUCCGGUCAAACGACUUCCUGCCGAAUUCGAAUGUCCGCUAUGCUUCAAAGUAAAGAAGUUCUACAAACCGUCUGACUGGACGAAACAUGUGCAUGAGGAUGUCCAGCCGUUCACGUGCACUUUUCCUAACUGUGGAGAGCCCAAGUCCUUCAAACGCAAAGCCGAUUGGGUCAGGCAUGAAAAUGAGCGUCAUCGACAGUUGGAACACUGGACGUGCCAAAUCGCUGAUUGCAACCACACGUGUUACCGGAAGGAUAAUUUCGUUCAGCAUCUCGUGCGAGAGCAUAAGAUCGCAGAACCGCGACAGCGCACUGGGAAGGGCGUAAUCAAAGACGCACCCGGGAAUGCGGAUUCAGAUGACAUCUGGGGACUGGUAGCUCGGUGCCGCCGUGACACGACGAAGCAGCCCAAAGAUGAACCGUGUCGAUUCUGUGGAAAUAUUUGCACCAGUUGGAAGAAACUUACAGUUCAUCUCGCAAAGCACAUGGAGCAGAUUAGCAUGCCAAUUCUGCCUCUUGUAGACCAAAAGCAGAUCAGCGCCGACACUGUCAUUAGCCCGGUGGUCGAGAUGCCGGAAACUCGCAAGCUUUCGGCCACGCCGAACCGAUCGCCCGUAGAUAACCCUUCCCGCUACAAUCCGAACUCUACCCUGGCGCCGGGAAUUGACCCUUCAUAUGGACAGUAUCCCUCCGAUACGCCUGGUGCAGCAUCGAGUGUGAUGCACACAUAUCCGCCCCCACAGAUGGUGCCGUAUAAAAGCGGGCAAGAACAAUUGCCGAGUGGCAACUAUGCAAACUAUGCUAUGCAAAACAGUCACAACUAUUCUGGCAGGACAUACCCUGGGUUACAAGAGCCUGCAAAAGCUAGGGGCGCAUAUGUCAACAACCUCCAGAUUCCAAACCAGCAAUACAUGAACGGCAACAUGCAGAAUGGAGUCAGUCGGUUCCCCAUCUCGCCCGUGUCCGCGGUUGGGCAGCAGCCGCCAAUAUUCAAUACUUCUCCCGUGGACACAACCCCUUUUUCGACGGACACGAUGGCGUCGACAUACUUCACGCAAGAGCCGCAGAGCCUGGGCUCAAACGGAAUGACUGACAUGAGCGGUUUUGAUGCAACGAACCCCAUGCAGUAUCAGCAGCCUGCUGCGUACCCAGACAUGGGAUACAUGACUGCGCCGCAGCGCAACUAUCAGUAUCAGGCACAGUAA